UUUAACAGCGCGCAGGUCGUGUGGCUGAGUAUUGAGUUUCUGGCUUUCUGAAGUGCUCGGUCCUUGACGUCUGCCCCCGGUUGAUUGGGCAAACCGAUCACGACCACUGCUUGGCUUCUACCACCGUGCCCUUAAUCUUGGAUCCCGCGAAGUCUGCGCCUGUGUGAGCAUUUCCGGCGGCUAUCGGCAGCACAUCCUUAUAACCCUGCGCAGAUCAUCGACUCGUAGCGCGGAUUCCUGGAUAAGAGACCCCGCAGGUUCUUCCAGUCAGCCAGUUUAGCAGCAGUGGUUAUGGCUACGAAUGGCCUACUAAAUUGCAUUCUGCCUACAGGAACGAAAGCUUAAAGGAAAAUUGUUGGAGACGCGGCACAAGACGGCUUUCCAUCUUUUGUCUAUAGUACAACUGGAAGAACAAAAAUGGAUUGAUUCUAUCACGCCACAAAACCAUCUUUUGCUACCGACGCUGAGAAGUUUUCGAUUGUACCCGUUGCUGUGAAACAUGAAAAACAACCUACGAGCCUACCCUCUCGUGAACUUCGAUGUGUAAUAUUUCACAACGCUAAGGCUCCCCGGUCACAGAUAAGCCAUGUUCGCCUUCGCGACCGACUUCGUCGUUUUCCUAGUCAAAGUCCUCGUGACCUGUUACGACGUCAUCACCAUUCCCGUCUACCUCAUACUCCAGAAGCCCUGGAUCUACUGGAAGCAAAAGCGACUGUGCUUCGCCAAACCCAUCAAAGAUGGCGACCCGUCGUCACCCUACGUGCGUCCCGAAACUCUAGAAAUCGAAUGCCUGAAGGGUGUCCGAACGUUAGACGAAGCAACCCGCAAGGCCAUCCGCUCGUACCCGAAGCGACCCGCACUGGGAACCAGACCAGUCCUGGGACAAAGCGAAGAGAAGCAGCCCAACGGCAGGGUCUUCAUGAAACUCGUUCUGGGAGACUACCAGUGGCUCACGUACGACGAGGUCGACAAGAUGAUCGACAUGACGGCGCGUGGUCUGCAAGCCAUAGGCGUGAGGCCACGUCAGCGCAUGGCCAUCCUGGCGGAAACCCGCUGCGAGUGGUUCAUAACGGCGCAGGCCUGUUUCCGCGCCAACGUCACGCUAGUCACUCUGUACGCGACGCUUGGCAACGAUGGGAUAGUGAGUGCAGUCAACAGGACGGGGGUGACGCACCUUGUCACCUCUGCGGAUCUUCUUCCACGGGUACUAAGCAUCGCGAGCAAGACACCGUCCCUUACGCACAUCGUCUACAUGGAAAACGCUUCACCCAAACAGCUUCAACCGUCUACUGCCCACAGACCUCAGGUCAUACCGUUCUCUAGCCUUGAAACCCUGGGAAGCAACGUCUGCAUGCAAGAGUGCAAGCCCACUCCGGAAGACAUUGCUGUUAUCAUGUUCACCAGCGGAUCUACGGGCAUUCCUAAGGGUGUCAUGGCAACGCACAGCAACCUCAUGACUACGAUGAGAUCAUUCGCGUUCGUCUGCCAGAGCUACGGCGCCGCCGGAAGCGAAGACGUCUACAUAGCCUUCCUACCGCUGGCCCACAUUCUCGAACUUUCAUUCGAGAUACUGCUCAUGAGCGUCGGCGGUCGCAUAGGCUACUCGUCUCCUCUGACUCUGACAGACAAGUCAAACGGCAUCGACCCGAGCUGCCACGGAGACGCAACAGUUCUGAAGCCUACUCAGGUCACCAGUGUUCCCCUCGUGACUGACAGAAUCCGGAAAGAAGUCAAUGAAAUGGUCGCUUACAGGGGGGCCCUGUACAAGGCACUCUUCGACUACGCCGUACGGUACAAAUGUCGCUGGUUGGACCUCGGUUUCAGAACUCCUAUCCUGAACCGAGUACUGUUUAACAAGACGAGCCAAAUUAUCGGAGGCAAAACCAAGGUCAUCAUCUGUGGUUCGGCCCCGUUGUCUAAUCAGACGCGCUGGUUUCUUAGGGCCUGCCUGAACUGCCCGGUUGCCGAAGGGUAUGGCUUGUCAGAAACAAGCUGCGUGACCACCGCUAUGGAACGGCGGGACACGAGUACGGGACGAGUGGGAGGCCCACUUUCAGGCUGCUACCUGCGCCUGGUCGACUGGCAGGAGGGUGACUACAGCGUCGCCGAUAGGCCUAAUCCUCGCGGCGAGGUUGUGGUCGGAGGUCCGUGUAUCACCAAAGGCUACUUCGGUGACGAAGAACUGACGCGAGAGUCGUAUCGCGAAGAAGGCGGCGUCCGCUGGUUCUACACGGGCGACAUUGGCGAGAUAUUCCCCGACGGCACGCUCAAGAUCAUCGACCGCAAGAAGGACAUCGUCAAGCUGCAGCACGGCGAGUACGUGGCACUCGUCGGCGUUGAAGCGGUCCUCAAGUCGUGUCCCCUGGUGGAAAACGCGUUCGUGUACGGCAACUCCCGGUACGCUUACCUCGUGGCUUUCGUGUCGCCAAACUACGAUCAACUGUUGCGCAUGGCUCGGCGCCUCGGCCUGGAACAUUUGACGACUAUGAGGGAGCUGUGUAGCGACUCCGCAGUCGUCAGAGCCGCCGAGGAGUUCAUUCUGAACUACGCGCGUUCGUGUGAUUUGCAGAAGGCCGAGGUGCCCCCGCAAGGCUAAAGCUGUGCCACGAGGAUUGGACGCCGGACGCGGGACUAGUCACGCCCACGCUCAAGCUGUGCAGAAGGCCACUGGAAAAGUACUACGAGAGUGACAUAAAGGCUCUUUACGAGUCCGACGAAGAAACCCAUAAAGCGUAUUCAUAAACCACCUCGAAUAACUGUGAUACAAGCUGGUCUAUUACGUGUUACGUGCUUGUGGUACACCAAGUAGCAUAUAGCUUACCUCUAGGGACCGGCAAGGGACAAAAUACAAGGCCCGCACUGGCGUGACGCCGACGGAGGACGCUCUCGCAAAAUGGCGUACCUGCAGACCAAGAAGGGGGCACUCGUGUAUCGCAAAGUUCAGUUGAACACAGGGGGGCUUUAAAAAAUUGCUGGAAUAGGAGAGAAUGCCUCGGAGAAAAUCAAAGCUUGUCCUCACGGCCGCCAUCUUACUAUGGGCGCGAUAAGAUUUUUAGCAACCAGUGAAGAAAAGGGAUCGCGUUCUCCAAACACUGGCGUGCAAGUUUAAGGAGUGCUGAACGUAGAACUGUCACUUCUAGAACCACCGCACCCGAGAACACUCUUCAGCUUUUAAUGUUUUUUUGGCUGGAGUGCUGAGAUUGUGUAUGUGUGUCUUUUUGUUCCCUUUGACACCGGUGCCAUUUUCUUUUUCUGGUAGUCUAUACUAAUAAAGAGAAUGAAUAAUUUGAUUGUA